GCUUCAGAAGAGACUCAUUGUCAAAUGCGGCUGGGAGCUUCGUCUCGUCAGGCGGUGUUUGGUGCUGAACAUCAAUGGCGGAUCCGAGGGAGAAGGCGCUUCAGGAUUACAGGAAAAAAUUAUUGGAGCACAAAGAGAUCGACGGCCGCCUGAAAGAGUUAAGAGAGCAGCUGAAAGAACUAACCAAGCAAUAUGAAAAGUCUGAAAAUGACCUCAAAGCUCUUCAGAGUGUGGGACAGAUUGUCGGUGAAGUGUUGAAACAGCUUACCGAAGAGAAGUUUAUUGUGAAAGCUACAAAUGGACCACGAUACGUUGUUGGCUGUCGUCGGCAGCUUGAAAAAAGCAAGUUGAAACCUGGCACUAGAGUUGCCCUGGAUAUGACAACCCUGACUAUAAUGAGGUAUUUGCCAAGAGAAGUAGACCCCUUGGUGUAUAACAUGUCUCAUGAAGAUCCAGGAAAUGUUACUUACUCCGAAAUUGGUGGAUUAGCUGAGCAAAUUAGGGAAUUACGAGAGGUUAUUGAGCUGCCACUUACAAACCCAGAGUUGUUCCAGCGUGUAGGAAUCAUUCCACCAAAAGGUUGCUUACUCUAUGGACCACCAGGUACAGGAAAAACACUCUUAGCAAGGGCAGUUGCUAGUCAGUUAGACUGCAACUUCUUAAAGGUUGUUUCCAGCUCCAUUGUUGAUAAAUAUAUUGGUGAAAGUGCUCGUUUAAUCAGGGAGAUGUUUAACUAUGCCAGGGAUCAUCAACCGUGCAUUAUUUUUAUGGAUGAGAUUGAUGCUAUUGGUGGUCGCCGUUUCUCUGAAGGCACCUCAGCUGAUCGUGAAAUUCAGAGAACUCUUAUGGAGCUACUAAAUCAAAUGGAUGGUUUUGAUACUCUUCAUCGAGUUAAAAUGAUAAUGGCUACAAACAGGCCUGAUACGUUGGAUCCCGCUCUGUUGCGUCCUGGCAGACUUGAUAGAAAGAUUCAUAUCGAGCUUCCAAAUGAGCAAGCAAGAUUGGAUAUUCUGAAGAUCCAUGCUGGUCCCAUCACAAAGCAUGGGGAAAUAGAUUAUGAAGCAGUUGUCAAGCUGUCGGAUGGAUUUAAUGGUGCAGAUUUGAGAAAUGUCUGCACUGAAGCAGGUAUGUUUGCAAUCCGUGCUGAUCGUGACUAUGUUAUUCAAGAGGACUUUAUGAAAGCUGUUCGCAAAGUUGCCGACUCUAAGAAGCUAGAAUCCAAGCUGGACUACAAACCUGUAUAAAAUAGCCCACCUUUUUAAUCUUAAUUGUACAGUUUAAAAGGGUUUAAAAACAUAUAAACCUUAAAUGGGAGAGGAAUCUGAUGGUGGCUCUGUCGUGUCAUUCAUUGCAAGUGUAUAUCUGUAUGCUGCAGACAGUAAGUGACGACUAACUUUCGUGUUCUGCUGCAUUAUAUACGUAUCGACUAUUUUUAUGCCAUAGUUUAGCUGUUGAAAAAAUAUUGUGUUGAAAAUGAUUUUGAAAAGCAAGUGUUAGCACCGAGACAGGUUUGUCUUAACAGUGUGAUGUAUUCUCUUGUAUACAAAUGACACUUGAAGCCUUUGUGGUGUGAUGGUCACAAUACAAGUUUAUAGGUUUUUGAUGAAUUUGAUUCAUUUUCCCUAGGCCUCAAUAAAAUUUAAAUUUACAAGAAUAUGACCAGUUAUUUGUUGAAUAUUUAUAUAACACUUGCAGAUCUCCUGUGGCAUUUUCAUGAUGAAUCAAGUUUUAUAAAGGCGUAUUUUGUUAGCAUUAAUGGAGGGCAAUGAUUUAUCAACAUUGGAAACCGACCUCUGGGAAGAGAAUCUAGGAUUGGUAUGACAAAGUGUAAAAGUGGACACUGGUGUUGUAGAAUUUGAGAUAUGCCCCUAAAAGGACUUGAGUAGACCAGUUGCCCUUUAGUGUACUGUUAAAAUGUUGGUCAACUUAUACAGUAUUUAAUAGCAAUAAGUUUCCAAAAGAAACAUGAAAGAUUUUCAUUUCAUAAUUACUCAGUUUCUAGGCUUUUGUACAAAGAUUUCAUUUAGCCUGAUCACUUAUUCUGAAGACAGUGUGUGUUUUAGCUAAAUGUGUAAGCAGAAUAGAAAUGAGUGAUUAUAAAAGAAAGAUAAACAGUUUUCUGUGAAUAAAGAAAUUAUGAUAAUUGCUAAUGAUGACAUGUUGUCUUGGUUUUUAAAUUUACAACAGCAUUAAAUAAAUAUAAUCAAUUGUCUGAAAUUAAAGCUUUGAGAAUUAAAUGUCAAUGUUAAUUUGAAGUCUUCGACACAAUCAAAUUUUCACAGGGUGAGAGGGCAUGCCCUUCUAUGUGUCAGCAUUUGCUGAUGCACAACUUUUGCAAUCAAAGACUUUAAAGUGCAUAAACAAAUAUAUAUAUAUAUAUGUAUAGUGAAAAAAAUCUGUCUCAUUGUUGAGGUAAUGAAAAAUUUCAGUAAUGCCCAGCUUGUUAAGAUUGGUGAAGCCUUAAAGUAAAAGUUUAUAGGUCAAAGAUAUUAAAAAGUCACUCGAAGUAUUAUUACACAGAUUUUGUUUAAACUUUUUCUGGAUUCUUAAUUCAAAAUACAAAUGAAUUUUUUUUAAAAAUCUGUUACGAUUUGUUUGAAUCAUACUUCCUAGUAGAAAUAUUUAAUUUUUAAUUAUACCCGGUGUGAAGGAUAAGAAUUCACACAAACUGGUUGUAUGAACAUAUGAAAUAGAUAUGGAAGUAAACUAUUUAGCCCUUCAGUAGAAACCAAAAGAACUGCGGAUGCUGUAAAUCAGGAACAAAACAAAGUUGCUGGAAAAAACUCAGCAGGUCUAGCGGCAUCUGUGAAGGAAAGAAACAGCUAACGUUUCAGGUCCAGUGAUCCUUCCUCAGAACAGGUCACCUGACCCAAAACAUUAACUCUGAUUUUUCCUUCACGGAUGCCACCAGACCUGCUGAGCUUUUCCAACAACUUCAUUUUCAUUCAGCCCUUCAAGCCUGCUCCGGAACUCAAUGAGAUUAUGACUAAUUUGUUUCAAAUUCCACAUUCCCAUUACCUUCUGAAAAGCUUUGAUUCCAUUGCCUAACUAGAAUCUAUUUAUUUCUUAAAAAGUAUUUAAUGACAUGGUCUCACUACUUUCUGAGGUGGAGAAAUCCAAAGUGUCUCAGCCUUAUGAAAAUGUUUCUCCGCUCUGCCCCGAAGAGGUAACCACUAAUUUUUAAAUAGUGCCCGCUAAUCCUUUACUGACCAAUAAGAGAAAUACCCUUUCCUUGUCCACCUUGUCAAGACCAUUUGAUACAUUUUAAUCAAGUCACGCUCAUUCUAAAUUUCAGUGGAAAGGAGCCCAUCUAUUAAACCUAUUCAAGACAACCCACUCAUUCCAAGAACAUCAUUUUUAUGUUUGAUGCCUCUUAUAAAUAAAGAAGGACAUCCUGUUUGUCAGUUUGAUUGUGUACUGUACCUACAGACUAAUCUUUUGUAAUCCCUGCACUAGAACACUAAAUCCUUCCAUACCUUUGGAAUUCCAUAAUCAAUGUAAGUAGUAAUUGGGCCUAAUCAUCUGUUUUUAGUUUGCAAUUUCUAAAUAUUCUCUAAAGCUAGUGAAUAGGAUUACAAGAUUCACUGUUUCUAGGAAUCAACAUAGGGUAAGUUACAAUCUCCACAUUUCUUGUCUGUGUCCUUAAAUAUAUUUUAGGAAAACCUGUUACUGGCUUUCCAAAAGAAACAAUACAUUACCUGCUAAUUUUGUGUAAUUUUAAAAGUAACCACGACUCAGUUCAAAUAAAUAACUAAACUAAUUCUUGUGAUAAUGGGAACUGCAGAUGCUGGAGAAUCCAAGAUAAUAAAAUGUGAGCUCUCUGAUGGAGGGUCUAGGCCCGAAACGUCAGCUUUUGUGCUCCUGAGAUGCUGCUUGGCCUGCUGUGUUCAUCCAGCCUCACGUUUUGUUAAACUAAUUCUUGUGUUUGCCUGACCAUAGUUUCCCCUUAAAAUGAUUGAAAUUAAUUAGGUUUUGUUUUGUUUAUCUAGACAGUCAUUAAUGACUUUUUAAGAAUCUGAUUCUAUGGAUUCUGGUGCUUCAGAAAGACAAGACAAUGAUUAACUGCAAAUGGGCUAUUGACAUCAGCCAUCUUUAUUUAAUAUAAAUCCAUAUCUAAUGUGGCUAUUUAUUAUUUUGCAGAUAAAUCAAUAGAAUAUUCAGGCUGCAUCUUCUUAAUCUAUUUUCGUGCCCAGGCUUGUCAAAUUUAACUGCUGCCCAAGCUGAAAUUGGUUCAUUUCUCACACUGAGGGUAAAGCUUUUGAGCCUUCCUAACCUGUGAGACAAUUGAUAUUGUGUUAAUCAACAAAAUCAUUGGGGCACUGAUUCAAACUUUAAGUUAAAAUUCUGUGGAAACUUGUAAUUGACAGUAAUAUUGUUGGAUGUUAGCAACUUGAUAUCUAAAUUGUGUGUAAGUGUAUAUGAUACAUUGCAAAUCCUGAUUACUGGUAUCAGACAGUUGUUUUUCAACUUUGGCUGAAUUGUUGAACUUCAGAUUUCUAAAUUAACCGAGUAAAAUGAUGAACCUCAA